UGUCGUUCGCAUCCCUCCCCCCAACCCACCCACUUCGCGAGCCCCGCUCUCUUUACUGCCCAAUCCUUCACCAUGUCCACCGUCGUUGAAGACAUCGCUCCAGGUGAUAUCGUCGCCGUCACCCACAACGCAGUCCGGAGGGAGGGAAUCGUCGUCGGGGCCCACAUCGACUUUGCGGGCCGUCAAAUUCUUGAGGUCCAGAUGGACGCCGGCGAAGUUUACAACGCGUGGUACCCCAGCGUAACGCGUGUCCGCCGCACCGUCUCCUACGCGCGUCCCUCUCUCGGCCGCAGCCGCACCAUCGAGCGUCGCAUCUACUGGUGA